GCACUUGGCAGACAGCAAUCAGUUGGAGUUGGAGAUGAAUCGUUCAGUUGUUUACGAGUAGUUGCGUCGGGCUAGUGUUCAGUUUCGUACUAUCUAGUUUAGUUUAUUUUAAAUACUUUAUUUUUCAUUUUCAUUUCUUUUAUUCGUUGUUUUCUAAACUGAGCUGUAGGAAUACUAUUUUCAGAAUCUGCAAUAGUUCACCUGUUUAAAAAUGUAGAUGUUUGGCUGAACAGAGCCAUGAAAGGCUUGCUAACCUUGAAGAAACAAUUUCAUCUCCACCUACUACAAUGUCUAUUUGGGAACAACUUAUAUAGGAUAUCCUAAACAUUUUAAAUGCAUCAAGUCAAGUGGCAGCUUAGAAGUGCACAGAAAACGAAUAGCUAACUUUACAUUCCCCAACUCUUCCAAUGGUGUAGUAGUAUAUUUUCUCUCAUAAAGAUAAAAUAACAAAAUAAAUAAUGCAUUUAAAAAUAAUUAUUCUGAUUUUGUUAACUUUAACAUUAGAAGCAGUUUUUACUGAAGAAAAUCAUUGUUCGAAAGCUUUUGGUUGUUCAGGCAACAGUGUAAUGGGGAAAGUGUCGAGAUAUGUUCUGUAUGAUGUAAAUAUUGGGGAGGGUUUUAAUCUGAAACGAGAUGUCUACAUGAGAAUGGCAAUGUUUAUACAAGCUUUUGCUCAGAAAUCUAAAGAUGAUUGGCAUCUGGUUCUGCCUCCUUGGACUAGACAGUGGCAUUGGACAACAGAGAAGCUUCAUGUGUCCUAUCAGUGGAGUGACUUCUUCGAUGUUGCGAGUCUUCAGCUUUAUUCUCCAGUGAUUGAGUUAGACCAGUUCUAUGUGGACUGGGGGGAUUUGGUGGAUGAAGUGUACAUCUUACAGCAUUUCCCAGAGUUCUACGACUGGACUGAAGGUGGCGGCGGCAAAAUGGACUGGUCUGACAAAUGGAAACUAGCAGAAUGUAGAGACCACCCAUAUUACAAAAAAGAAAAUGGAACGUUCCUGUUUUUCCGAGGGAAGAAACAUGUAAGGGCCAAACAAGUGCAGUGUGUCUCUUUUCAAGGGAGCUCUGCUUAUUUAGAAGCAGUGGUGUCGUCAACAAAAGCGAGAUGCAUCAUGUUUGAUCGUGCUGAGAUCGCAACGCACAUGAUGUAUGGAGACGCAAACUACUGGAAAUGUAGACGGAGUAUGAGAUUUGCCAAGCAUCUUGUUGACGCUGCUAAUGCUUUUCGAGCUUCUCACCUGAACUCAACAGAUUUACAGGAUGGAACUGUUCGACCUCUGGAUUGGAGAGAUGAAGUACCUCAUCGUUCAGCAAAAGGUGGACCUUAUUUAGGGGUACAUUUGCGGAGGAAAGACUUUAUCUACGGACGGCCCAAGGAAGUUCCUUCUAUAGUUGAUAGUGCAGUUCAGAUUAAGAUGUACCUUAAAAAUCUCAAGUUAUCUACAGUAUUUGUUGCAACUGAUAUGCCAACUGAGGAAUAUGAGAGUUUACAAAAAUUGCUUGAGAAAGAUGGCUUUCGGUCAGUGAAAUUCGUUAUGAAAGAUGAGGACAAAAAUCGGUACAAAGAAGGUGGUUUGGCCAUUAUAGACCAGAUUGUUGCUUCGCAUGCUAGGUUUUUUGUUGGAACACAUGAGUCUACAUUCUCUUUCAGAAUACAAGAAGAGAGGGAGAUCUUGGGGUUCCCAGCAGAUACUACUUUCAACAGAUUUUGUCCUACUCCAGAUAACAAAAACUGCACUCCGCCCACCAAGUGGUUAAUAGAAUAUCCUGACGGAGGAAAUUUUAAAUCAGUAAAUUUUAAGCAUUUUGAAACAGACGAAUUGUGAUAUUUACAUUGCCUAUAAGUUAAUUCAAUCUAGUCAUUAAUGAAUUUAUAUAUAUGCCAUGUACAUAAUGAUUGUAUACAAUAAAUUUUAUGCUUUUAA